AUGUCAACAAGACAGCGUAUACCUGCAUUCUUGAAGAGGCUUAUUUCGGGCCAACCUUUUGACGAUGUCUCAGAUUUAAUACGUACGAUCGACAUGUGCAUUGCGACUAUUCGACUCGUGGAGAAAACUCCAAAGUUGGCAGACCGAAAAAUUUCAGAAUUUAAACGGCUCCAAGGGUUCAUCAUCGCAAAUACCGAUAAAUUGUUUACGAAGGUCAAGCCGCACGAAGUCCAAACCUAUACUGAAGUGUACAAUAGUCUCCUUCAAGACUACAGUAACAAAACUAUUACUAAUAAACAAGUUAUCAUUAACACCAUCGCGCGCCUCUGGUUUGGCCCUGGAAAACUCAUUGUCUCAGACUCCGGUGAAAAUUCCACACCGAUAUAUGUCGCAGACCAGCAGUCAAGCGACCAGCAGUCAAGCGACAAUGAAGAACUAAGUACAGAUUCUGGGGUUAUGUCAUCUCCAGUAGAUGAAGCUGCUCAGGACGAGGUUGGCGAGUUAAUCGAUAGUGCUUUAGCAUCAAAAGGAACUUGGGAGGACGCAGAUCUGAUUAUGAGAAAGAGCUUAGAAUUGGCGCGGAAAUUUGCUGAUGGGAGGCGUUAUCGUAUUGUCACUCCGAUACCAUCCUCUGCGUUUUUGGAUUCUGUCUUCCAAGCGCUUGGUAUGCUUCAUCCUUUACCAUUCCACACCUCCGAAGUUAAUCCCCACAAAAAGGCGACGUAG